GUUAAAUUUGCCGUCGCAGUAGUAUGCGAGGUGUUCAUCGCGUUUCUUUGGUAAUUUAUGCUACUCUGAAUAUAUAAGCCAGCGCUGUCAGCUACAUCCCACACUUACGAGUGCGGAACAGAACACCAAACAUGGUUAACAUGUAUCUGAUUUGCCUCGUCUCCGUUUUGACACUGGCAGUUGUUCAAUGCGGUGGACCUGAUUGUUCUCCAUCUUCCUGUGCAGCACCCAAAACAUGCCAGUGGACAUGUAAAAAAUCCGGAAAUGAGAUUAGUGGAGCUACAGUAACCACUUGCACAAAUGCCGACGAUACUUGUGGAAAUGUAACAGUAACAGACGGGCAAUGCAAACCUGCAUGCAAGUGUGGGACUGCAACCUGUUCUGCAACUCAGUCGUGUGAUUGGAACUGUACACAUGGUGGAAAUGUCAUUCCUAAUGCUGACGUAACUAGUUGUUCAGCUUCAGCUAAGACCUGCAACUCAACAGGAACAUGUGUAGCUGCCUGUCUGCGAAAACCAACUCAUCAACCUUCGAUAAUUCAAAUCCCAAUUCCAACUACUGAUAAGCACACGGAAAUGCCUCGUAGCGGUUUCAUCAAACAUGGAUUGUCUCCCCUAGUUCUGAUGUGUGGGAUUCUAGCCAAGCUGUAUCUGAGUCUGUGAUUAGUGUAUUUCCAACACGAAAUGCGUCAUCCUGAUACGGAUACGAAAAGCGUCGCCAUUGAACACAAUGACGGAUGACAUCUUGAUUUUUUACAACCUGAUGUGAUGAAACUGAAAGAAAAAAAAAUGUAUUCUUUAUUGACUAUGCCUGUAAGAUUGAUUUUAAAUAUAAUCUAAAACGAAGACUAGACAUUAUUUUAAACUUUCAAAGUUUGAAAUAUGACGGUGCCUAUAACUUUGAGCAAUCCGUUCAAUUUUAUCUAAAUAAUCUGUCUCUCUGCCAGCAACGAAAAUCAGCAUUGUUUAAAUCAAAAUAUUUAAUCAAAUUUACGAUUUAAAACAGGAUCGAAAUGUUUUAUCUCCAAAGAAAUACAGGUUUAAUCCUUUGUAAAAAAAACACCCGAUGAAAACAUCGUUUGUGAACACCAUAGUCUUGGUGCUAGUAUAAUGUUUCAUUAUAUGUUUUAAAUGACUGAUUGAUAAUAAUUUAGACCAAUUGAAUAAUAUCAGACCUAUGAAGAAUUUCGCAUGCAUUGAAUCAUGUUACUGCAAGUAGAUGAGCUGCGAUUCAAAAUCAAUUAUAUGUAUCAAAUUUAUUAACAUUACUACCUUGAAAUACUAAUUUAUUGUUAAUGUGAUGUUUAUUUAUUUAAUUUUUAGAUAUCAUUUACAUAUAAAUAUGCAUUUGA